AUGAAGGAACAAGUGUUCUGCGUGAUUCAUGAAGGCGUCGAACUUGACAGUACGUUCGACUGCCUGGAAUUGGUGAAGUCAAUUUACGGCCUCAAGCAAGCGUCGCGAGUGUGGAACGAGACGUUCGACGAGUAUGUGUGCUCCAUCGGAUUUCAAGUAUCGGACUUCGACCCAUGUCUCUACAUCAAGACUUCGGACGGCCAUUGCUUGUUUAUACUGGUCUACGUGGACGACGUCUUGGUGACUGGAAGCUCGCUCGAGCUGAUUGCACAAACCAAGAACGACCUGAAGACGCGGUUCGAGAUGACGGACAGCGGCAAAUGUGCGUUUGUUCUUGGGAUCGAGCUUUUGGACGGUGCAGAUGGAAGUGUGACACUAUGUCAGCGUCGGUAUGUCGAUGAUAUCCUCAAGCGCUUUGGCAUGGAUGAUUGCAAGGCAGUCGCAAGUCCAGUCGACAUGAGCUCUCGACUUGUUUCAAGUGAUGCAACUACCAAGGUCGAUGCUCCUUUUCGCGAAGCUGUUGGUGCGUUGAUGCACCUGACCACUGCAACGCGUCCGGACAUUGCGUUUGCUGUGGGCUAUGUGUCGCGGUUCAUGAAAAAUCCCCAAGAAGAACACUGGGUUGCAGUUAAGCGUAUCUUUCGCUACCUACAAGGCACCAAGACGUGCUACAAGCCAAGUGCAAGGAUCGACUUCCGUGGAUAUUCGGAUGCGGAUUGGGCUGGUGAUCUUACCGACCGCAAGUCACCAUCGGGGUACACGUUCAUGCUACUCGGUGCGCCAGUGAGUUGGGGCAGCAAGAAGCAGCCAAGUGUUUCGUUGUCCACGACUGAAGCUAAAUACAUCGCACUCAGCUUGGCGAUUCAAGAGGGCAAGUGGAUUCAUCGUCUGCUCUGUGAGAUCGUGAUGGCUGCCAAUGAAGAAGGACCGGAACUCAUGAUUCAUGAAGACAAUCAGUAA